AUGGUACGUCAAAUCGAACGCAGAACACACACCAAGUCCAGGAAGGGAUGUCUACAAUGCAAGAAGCGACAUGUCAAGUGCAAUGAGUCGAGACCGCAAUGUGGACGAUGUGAACGGUUGGAGAUUGAUUGUACGUGGCCUGUCAAGAAGCCAGUGCAGGCUUCGAAGGAAGAAGAUGCGGCGAGUUGUCCUCCGGUGAAGGAGGUUGUGACCACGACUGUGUCGCCCAGUAGGAGCUCUGCCAAUACUGCUAUUACGGCACCGCCUGAUUUCCUUGAUGUUGAGAAUUUGAAACUCUUGCAUUAUUGGUAUCUGAAUACUUCUCUAACGUGUGCCCAAGCGGGACAGCAGCACAUAUGGCAAACAUCCGUCCCAGAGCUCGGUUUCCGCCACCACUUCCUCCUCCGCGGCCUCCUCGCCACCGCCGCUAUCCACAAAGCCACAAUCCACCCAGACGAAGCCGAAGAGCUCCUCCUCCAGUCUUCCCGACACAUGGACAUCGCCCUCGCCACUUUCAGAGAUCACCUGAGCAGGCCCGACCCAGCGACUUGCAUCCCAGUUUUCGCGCUCGCUUGUCUGCUCGUGAUGCAUCGCCUGGGUCUCGCACAGGUCCAAACCCCCACAGACCCCAUCGAAGAACUCUGCAUCUUAGCGCGACUAUCGCGGGGAAUCAAACCCACAGUCAGCAUCUACUGGGACAGGAUCCUCUCAUCGGAAAUGGGCCCCGUGGUUCGGGGCGUCACAGAGCGAAAAUCCGCCGCCGCGGAGUCCUCCUUUCCGGAGGUCCACCACCUCGCAGACCUCAUCAAUGAAAACACGUCUCUCGACGAGACUUACAAAAAAAACUGCCUCUCCGCACUCGAAGACCUGCACUCCACCUUCGCCACCAUCCCCGGGCCAACCGGCGACGUGGCCCAAGCGUUCAUCGGCAGGAUCUUCAGCUGGACGGCGAAUUUGUCCGAUGGGUUUCUGGAGGGGCUGGAGGGGAAGGAGGGGGUGGCGAUAGCGGUUUUGGGGGAGUUUGCGAGGUUGUUACGGGGGACUGGGGAGGGGGUUUGGUAUAUGCGGGGGUGGGCGGGGUGGAUUUUGGGGGAGGUUGAGAGGGGUUUUGGAGAGGGGGAGGGGGGAUGGGAGGUGGGUGAGGGUGGAUAUUCGAUGCAAUUGAGGAGGUUACGGUGUUGA